GUACUUGAAGCUGCUGCUGGGCUGUGAAACUGUGAAAGCAGAGAAGAGACAGAGAAGACGGUGAUCGAGAAUAGUGUGGGGGCUCUGUUUCAAAGUUUGAUACUUUAUAGGACCCAGCUUUGCAUUUCUUGCUACCAGUCAAGUUUUCAAUCUCUAUAAGUUGAGGGUCACUUCUGCAUCUGAAAGCUACAGAAGUUCUCUGCUUACUGCAGCUUAAAAAGUUUAUGUGAGAAUGUCGUCUUCAAGACCCAGUCACUCAUCCAGCAAUUCAGGGAGAUCAAGACACAGUGCUAGAGUUAUUGCUCAGACAACUGUAGAUGCAAAGCUUCAUGCAAACUUUGAGGAGUCGGGCAGUUCCUUUGACUACUCGAACUCAGUGCGUGUUAGCAGUGAAGUUACUGGGGAUCAACAACCUAGGUCUGACAAAGUGACCACUGCUUAUCUCCAUCACAUACAGAAAGGGAAGCUGAUCCAGCCAUUUGGGUGUUUGCUAGCCUUAGAUGAUAAAACAUUCAGGGUCAUUGCAUACAGUGAGAAUGCCCCUGAAAUGCUGACUAUGGUUAGUCAUGCUGUCCCGAGUGUUGGGGAUCACCCAGUUCUUGGCAUAGGAACAGAUGUAAGAACAAUUUUCACAGGCCCUAGUGCCUCUGCAUUGCAUAAGGCCCUCGGGUUUGGGGAGGUUUCUCUCUUAAAUCCCAUCCUAGUCCAUUGCAAGUCAUCUGGAAAGCCUUUCUAUGCUAUAGUCCACCGGGUGACAGGUAGUUUGGUCAUUGAUUUUGAACCAGUCAAGCCGUAUGAAGUCCCCAUGACUGCUGCUGGAGCUCUGCAAUCAUACAAGCUUGCAGCCAAAGCAAUUGCACGAUUGCAGUCUUUGCCUAGUGGGAGCCUGGAGAGGCUUUGUGAUACAAUGGUUCAAGAGGUGUUUGAGCUUACUGGUUAUGACAGGGUGAUGGCCUAUAAAUUUCAUGAUGAUGAUCAUGGGGAAGUGGUUGCUGAGCUUACCAAGCCUGGCCUGGAGCCGUACCUGGGUUUGCACUAUCCAUCCACUGAUAUACCUCAAGCUUCACGGUUCCUUUUUAUGAAGAAUAAGGUUCGUAUGAUUGUCGACUGUUGUGCAAAAAAUGUCAAGGUCCUUCAAGAUGAGAAGCUUCCUUUGGAUCUAACAUUGUGUGGUUCAACCCUCAGAGCCCCACAUAGUUGCCAUUUGCAAUAUAUGGAGAACAUGAACUCCAUUGCUUCUCUUGUUAUGGCAGUGGUGAUCAAUGAAGGGGAUGAUGAGGUUGCCGGUCCUGAUUCUGCGCAGACUCAAAAAAGAAAGAGACUCUGGGGUUUAGUAGUAUGUCAUAACACAACUCCAAGGUUUGUCCCUUUCCCACUCAGAUAUGCCUGUGAGUUUCUAGCUCAAGUGUUUGCCAUCCAUGUGAAUAAGGAAUUAGAGUUGGAGGAUCAGAUGAUUGAAAAGAACAUCCUGCGCACACAAACGCUGUUGUGUGAUAUGCUGUUGCGUGAUGCUCCUUUGGGUAUUGUGUCACAAACACCUAAUAUUAUGGAUCUAGUGAAAUGUGAUGGGGCUGCCUUACUGUACAAGAACAAGAUAUGGAGACUUGGAUUAACUCCAAGUGACUUCCAGAUUCAGGACAUAUCCUUGUGGCUCUCUGAGUGCCAUAUGGAUUCCACAGGUUUGAGUACUGAUAGCUUGUAUGAUGCAGGUUUCCCUGGGGCUCUCGCUCUUGGUGAUGUAGUAUGUGGAAUGGCAGCUGUGAAGAUUACUUCCAAGGACAUUAUUUUUUGGUUCCGAUCCCACACUGCUGCAGAAAUCCGAUGGGGUGGUGCAAAACAUGACCCGGAUGAGAAGGACAAUGGCUGGAAAAUGCACCCUAGAUCAUCAUUCAAGGCUUUCCUUGAAGUUGUCAAGACAAGGAGCUUACCAUGGAAGGACUAUGAAAUGGAUGCAAUUCAUUCUUUGCAGCUUAUUCUGAGGAAUGCAUUCAAGGAUGUUGGAGACAUGGAUGUAAACAACAAUGGAAUCCAGAUGCAGCUUAGUGACCUGAAAAUUGAUGGGGUGCAAGAACUGGAAGCAGUGACAGGUGAGAUGGUUCGAUUGAUUGAAACAGCAUCAGUGCCAAUUUUGGCAGUUGAUAUUGAGGGAUCAGUUAAUGGGUGGAAUACAAAAAUUUCUGAGUUAACUGGUCUUCCUGUUGAUAAAGCAAUUGGAAAGAAUUUGCUCACACUUGUGGAAGAAUCUUCAACUAUCAUGGUGGGCAGGAUGUUGGAGUUGGCAUUGCAAGGCAAAGAGGAACAAAACAUCCAAUUCGAGAUAAAAACACAUGGUGCUAGGGCUGACUUUGGUCCCAUCAGCUUAGUUGUGAAUGCUUGUGCAAGCAGAGAUAUUCAUGAAAAUGUUGUGGGAGUGUGCUUUGUGGCCCAGGAUAUUACAGGUCAGAAGACUGUGAUGGACAAGUUCACUCGGAUUGAAGGUGAUUACAAAGCAAUUGUACAAAACCCAAAUCCUUUGAUACCCCCAAUAUUUGGCACUGAUGAAUUUGGCUGGUGUUCUGAGUGGAAUCCAGCAAUGACUAAGUCGACUGGUUGGAAACGAGAGGAGGUAAUGGAUAAAAUGCUGUUGGGGGAGGUUUUUGGGAUCCACAUGGCAUGUUGUCCUCUGAAGAAUCAAGAAGCUUUUGUAAACCUUGGUGUUGUAAUCAAUCGCGCCAUGACUGGUGAGGUGUCCGAAAAGGUUCCUUUUGGUUUCUGGAAUCGGGGUGGAAAGUACACUGAAUGUUUGUUGUGUGUAAGUAAGAAAUUGGACAGUGAGGGUGCAGUCACUGGAGUCUUUUGCUUUUUGCAGCUUGCUAGCCUAGAAUUGCAACAAGCACUUCAUGUCCAACGUUUAUCUGAACAAACUGCUGUGAAGAGAUUUAAAGCAUUAGCUUAUAUCAAAAGGCAGAUCAGGAAUCCUUUGUCUGGAAUACUAUUUUCUCGGAAAAUGAUCGAGGGUACUGAGUUGGGAGCAGAACAAAAACAGCUCAUACAUACCAGUGCCCAGUGCCAGCAGCAGCUCAGCAAAAUACUAGACGACUCAGAUCUUGAUAGCAUCAUUGAUGGCUACUUGGACCUGGAAAUGGUUGAGUUCACUUUGCAGGAAGUAUUGGUUGCCUCUAUUAGUCAAGUCAUGAUUAAGAGCAGUGCUAAGAGUAUCCGGAUUGUCCAAGAUGCGAAUGAAGAGAUAAUGACUGAGACAUUGUAUGGUGAUAGUCUUAGGCUUCAACAAGUCUUGGCUGAUUUCUUAUCAGUGUCGGUUAAUUACAUGCCGUCUGGAGGCCAGCUUACUCUAGCAACGAAUUUGACAAAAGAUCAGCUGGGUCAAUCUGUUCAUCUUGCACAUUUGGAAUUCAGGAUAUCACAUGCGGGCGGUGGGAUUCCAGAAGGAUUACUGAACCAGAUGUUUGGAACAGAUGGUGACAUAUCUGAAGAAGGCAUUAGCCUACUUAUAAGCCGAAAGCUAGUGAAGCUCAUGAAUGGAGAUGUACAGUAUCUCCGGGAAGCAGGGAAGUCGAGCUUCAUCAUAUCCGCGGAACUUGCUGCUGCACAUAUGAUCAGGUCCUAGACAUUCAGUUUCCAGUGACAUGACAUUACCUUACCGAUCUCAAGUGUACAGCCUACCAGGAAUGAGAGUCGGAUGAUGCAACUUUACAGAUUAUGCCGGAAAUUUCAGCUUAGCUCUGUUCUUAGCACUUUGCAUUUCUGCUUUGCACUGUAAAUAGGCAUGUAUCGCUUUGUUCUUAACAUGUUUUUACCUUGUGACGGAAUAAAAAGAGAAAUGGGGAAAGAUUUUGCAGUUUGCAA